CUUGCGAAGCGGUAUUUGUUCGAAUUUGUUGGGAGAAACAAAGAUGUCGAUGACUUUAGCUUUCCUGAAACAUUAGAAGUCUGUCUAUGUCGUCUGCUGUGUUUGUCGUGAAGUGUUGAUAGCAAGCCAAAAAUAUGUCUGCCAAGAUACCUAGUUCUCUUCAAGUGUGCAUCAAGGUGCGUCCUUGCGAUCCUGACCGCACCUCCCUCUGGCAGGUAAAUGACGGCCGCUCCAUCCACCUGGCGGGUAGCCAAGCCGAGCCCUACGUCUUUGACCACGUCUUCGACGAGGGCACCAGCAACCAGGAGGUGUUCGACCGGAUGGCCAAGCACAUCGUGCACGCCUGUAUGCAGGGCUUCAACGGAACUAUUUUCGCCUACGGCCAGACGUCGUCGGGGAAGACCUACACGAUGAUGGGCGACGGCCAAAACCCGGGCGUCAUGGUGCUGGCCGCCAAGGAGAUCUUCCAUCACAUCUUCAGUGAGACGAAACGAGAAUUCUUGCUGCGCGUGGGCUACAUAGAGAUCUACAACGAGAAGAUCUACGACCUGCUGAACAAGAAGAACCAAGACCUGAAGAUCCACGAGGCUGGCAAUGGGAUCGUGAAAGUGAACUGCGAGGAGUGCAUCAUAACCAGCGAGGACGACCUUCUGCGCCUCCUAAGCGUGGGCAAUCAAGGACGAACCGUGGGCGAGACCAAAGUGAACCUGCGCUCCAGUCGCUCGCACGCGAUUUUCCGUAUAAUCAUUGAGUCCCGGAAGUCGGACAGCAGCGACGAUGACGCCGUAAUCCAGAGCGUGCUGAACCUUGUGGAUCUGGCUGGAUCGGAGCAUGUGGACAACUCUGGUCCCCAAGACCAUAUAAACAGCAACAUUAUCCUCAGCAAAGUUAUUAAGAGCCUCUCCGAGCAUGUGGACAACAAGUUUAUUAGCUUUCGCGAUUCCAAACUUACUCGCGUCUUGCAAGAGUCGCUUUGCGGCAAUGCUUUGACCUCCAUCAUAUGUACGAUCAACCCCUUGGUCGUGGAGGAGUCGCAACACACCCUUGACUUCGCGGCACGUGCCAGAAAGAUCCGCAUCAAGCCUCAGGUCAACGAGGUGGACCCCGACACAACUAUGUUGAAACGUGUAGACUACGGGAUUAAGAGCCUGAAAUGUAAGCUUGCCGAGGAGGAGCGCAAGAAGGAGAGCCAGCUCAUGAUGCAGGAUCUGGAGCGCCGCAUCAAGCGCGACAUGCUGAAGAUAAUUUCGAGCACCUCGCUGAGCGAUCAACGUCUCCAGAAGCGGCGCCGUAACAGGGCUUUCUCCAACUCGGGUUCCGAGAGCGAGACUGCUGUAACUUCGUUGCCUGUUUUACCAGAGGAAUCGCGCCUGCCCCGACCAUCGAAGAUGUCCAGCUUACCGAAACCCAUGUUUUUCCCGAACAGUGGCCUUUCUAAUCGACGGGAGAUGGUUCACAAUACCAUUGGCGUCAAUCAACCUCUAAAGAAGGAAUUCGUUUCAGGUGAUAGCGUGCAGAAUAAAAUAGGAAAGCCCAAACUUUUGGAGACAGGGGCGGCGAAGAUUGAUCCUUCUGAAAUUAAUCAGAUUCCCAACAGAUCAGAAGAUCAGGAGUCCAUUCCAAACUGCCAUGCCCUGCAGGCCGCGGUCUCUGCUCUUACUGCAUCCAACCAGGUAGCGAAGGAGACGAUAGAGAAGUACGAGGAGCAGGUAAAGUCGCUGAAGAAGACUAUCGAGCGACUGGAGCUGGAGAAUCGCGAGGCAGUGAAUCUCGGGCUGCGCUUUGAGUCCCACAAGACCAAGUCCAAGCAGAUGGAGUCCGAACUGCUCGCAGCGCUAACGGAAAAGGAUUCGACCAUCGAGGGCCUCCAGCAGUCCCUCAAAGAACUUUCCCGAGAUGUGCUGCGCAAUAGCAAGGAGGACCACAUGCGUUCCAUGUGCCCCGACCUUGAGUCCAGCUGUGAGAGAAUUUGCAAUAAGUGCCACGAGUUGGAGCGCCUUCUGCCCAUUGCGGACGUCAAUGGACUUGAAACAGUCGCCUGCCAAUGUGAUCAGCUGCGCUCCGAGAUUGCUGCCACACGAAUCAAGUUGGAGAGCGUUCAGUCAGCCUUUAGCCAGGCAAGCUGCGAGGUGUCCCAAAAGACCACUGACUGCGAGCGCCUCUCUAGACAGAUUUCCACGGCCCAGGAUGACUUUGGACAGCUGCAGGUGAAGUACACCACCCUGGAGGAGAAGUGGCUAGGUCAACAAUUGGCCAUCGAGACAAUGCAGGCUGAUUACAAUGCCAUCCAGCAAAAGUACCAAGAGCUGCAGAAAGAGUACGAAAAUCUGGGAAAGAGAUCUGACGAACAGUGCCAGCAGCUGCAGGCUGAAAAUACGAAACUGCAGGCAGAGAUUGGAACUCUCAAGGUUCGAGUGGAGGAAGCCCAGCGCAGGCUUUUGGAAGUUCCGAACCUCGAGUCUCUGGCACUAGAGUUCAAGGCUCAAAAUCAGGAGCUCAAGGCGCAACUCUCAGAGUUGCAGUCCAAAUUUAACGGCGUUCAGCAGGAAUACGACUGCCUUUCCACGGAACUGAUAGAAAGUGUCAUUGAGAGCGAGGCUCUGAGGGAGGAGCUCAAACAGCGCCAAUCUAGCUUUGACUUGGAGUCUAUGAAGAGUUCCGGCAUGGGCACGGAGUGCAGCGAGCCGGACAACAAUCCCGACAUAGAAAGUGAUCUCACGGAGCAGUUCGUCAAGCUGUCAGAGUCCAUUCAGCAGAUAGAACUCCAGCAUCAUUCCGGCUUCACCUGCCUCUUUACGGCCAACAGACUGAAACAGGACGAGAGUGAUCCACGUUUUAAGCUUUGCCUCGAUUCUGCAGAAUACUUAGAAGGUGAUACUAGUCAGCAGGAUACUUCCGCUUCUGUUUGCCUUAAAGGUUUCCUAAAGCGUCAAAGAUUUAGGAUUGUGAAAAUGAGUCAAGAGGAGGCCUGUCUUCGAGAGGAGGACCGACUUCGGCAUAUAAUUUUCCAAUUGGAGCACGAAGUCGAAGAACAAAAGGCGUUAAUUAAGGAAGAAGAGGAAAUUAUUCACGAAAUGCGCGAGAAGGUGACCACCCUAAAGUCUGAACUUCUUGAGAAAAACGUCUUAUUGGACAAGGUUGAGGAUUAUCAGCGACAGAUAGAAGUCUUGCAAAAACAAAAUGCGGAAAUGAGAAUUUCGUACAAGCAGUUGCAAGAUGAGGUUACCAAAAGUAGCCCGAUGAACCAGAGUCUUCUUGGAGUUUCUGCUGAUGAGGAUACCAUACCAAAAUGCAAAGCACCUUCUGGUGGGGAAGAUCAGGAAUGGGAGAAAGUAGCCUCCUUAAAGGCAGUUAUUGCAGAGUUGAAAAACAAGGUAUGCGAUCUGCAGGCCGAACUGGAAAGUCAGUUAAAGCAGAUGCAGCUAAAGGACAAGGACAUUGCAAAACUGCAGUCGCAUGUGGAGGAAAUGGGCGAACGCUGUUUAUCAAUGGGACGGAGGUUAACAGAGUUGGAGGAGGCUUCCCAGCAAAAGCAAGAGCUUCUGGACCGCCAAGAGCAGAAGCUGUCCGAUGAUGCAUGCAUUAUAGAUCAGCUUCAAGAAAAGAAUGCGAAACUCGAAGGCCAACAACUGGAGAAGGCAAAGCAUGAGCAGACUAAGGUUUCCUGCGAUUACAAAAAUCAAGUCGAGGAACUCGAGGAAUCAUUAAAGAGAGCUCAAGAAGAGCUGUGUAUCCUGGAGAAGGAAAAGACGAAUGAGAUCAACGACCUUAAGCUGGAAUACAUGACAAAGAUUGAGUCGAGCGAGAUUGAGAAUCGUGCCAAAUUCCGUUCGUAUAGCCUGGAGAUAGAACAACAACAAGCCUCAUUAAAAGAACAACUAAUGCAGGCCGGGGAAGAGCUAUCCAGUGUUACAGCUCGGUUUCAGGCGGAGUUGAAAGGGAUUAAAUGUACCCUUCAGGACAAGAUUAGUCAGACCGAGGAGGAAAGGAAGAAAUUGAAUGCCGAACACCAGGCAGAGUUAGAAAAUAUCCGAGAAAUUCUAAAGGAGACGUUGGCUGGCGCCGAAGAGAAGCAGGCCAAGAUCCAAGAGGCUUACAAGGCGGAAAUAAGCGACGUAAAGGCCACUUUAAAGGAGCAACUUUGCCAAGCUGAGGAGGAGCGGGAGAAAGCAACCACGAGGCUUGAGGAGAUGAAAAAAUGUCUGGAGGAGUUGGAAGCUCAUAAUAGCGCAAUGAUAAAUACCAUUGCUGAGCUGGAAAAAAGGAAGUCUGAUCAGGAUUUGGCAUUGAAAGAAGUCAUAAUAGAAAAGCGUCAACUAGAGGAGCUCUACGAUCAAGAGCAGCUGAAAAUGCAAUUAUGCACUAAGGACCAAAACGGCUUGGGAGCACAAUGCGACGAAAAGAUCAAAGAGCUUCAGGAGAAGUGUGGGCAGCAGAUUUUGGACUUGGAUAAGCUAAGGCAGGAGAAGUUGACUCUGCAAUCUGAGAUCCAGGAUGCCAAUGCGCAGCACUCGAGCACCUUGCAAAAACUUCAGGAACUCGAAGCGGAAAUGAGUGUGCUGAGCAAACAGAAAGAGUUGGAGAAGUCUGAUUUAGAGAACAAAAUCGAAACAUUCACGGCCAAAAUAACCGAUCUCGAGGAAGCACUGCACUGCGCUAAGCUCAAGGUCGUUACCCACGAGGAUCUAGUCUCCCAGCACGAACGGUUGACAAUCUGUCUUUCCGAGGCAAAUGAUUUAUCCAACACUCUGCGAAAAAAGGUGGAGCGCCUGCACUCGGAUCUGCUUAACUCGCAGGAAGAUAUAUCCAGUCGAGAUGCAGAAAUUAAACAGCUUCGCUCUGACCUACUUGACGCCAUGGAGGCAAAGACAACUGCUAGCAUGGAGCGAGUAGGACUGGGCUUGCAGCUCAAGGCAGUCGAGGAAAAAUUGUCAAUCCAGGAAGGCGACUUUAAACGCGAAGUGGAAGAUCUCAAAGGUUCGAUGAUGGAGCUGAAGCUAAAGCUCACAUCCCUACAAGAUAUAAAAAAUAAACUAGAGGCUGGAAAUGAGGAGCUUAAAGCUAAGUUGAAAAACGCAGAUAAUCUGCAGAGCAUGCUGGAAAAGGAGCAGAAGUUUUGUGCUUCCCUAAAAGAAGAUUUCGCAAAACUGGAUGUAGCCAAAACUGGUCUCGCAGAGCAGAUACGAGCCAAGGAAGCAGAAGUCGAUCAGACUACCAAGGACCUGAAACAGGAGGUGGAGUUGGCUCACCGCAAAGUAGAAGAACUAUCCAAGGAGUGCGAGAACCUUCGCUCCGAUCUGGAAACCAAAACUAAUAAUUUCCAGAAUGAAAAUAAGAGCUUAGACUUGAUAAUAUCCGAUUUGCAAAAGGAUAAUCAUCAGCUGAAAGAAAAGCUUUCCGUUUAUAGAGAGAACGAGACGACAUUUGCAUCUCUUCAAGAAACCUCAAUUGUCAAACGUCAACUGGGGCUUGAGGUUCUUGAACUCACAAGGGAGUUCGAGAAGUUACGAGCCGGUCUACAAUCCAAAGAUAACGCUUUUUGGAUGGAAAAGGAACUGUUGGAUGGCACCAUUGCCAAUUUAAUGAGAGACAAGCGCAACGUGGAGGAAAAGUUUUGCAUGCUCAAUGAGGAACUCACAAAGGAGUGCGAAAGGCUACGAUCAACUCUGAAAUCUAAGGAAUCCGAAAUGCUAAAGAACAAAGAAGAACUGGCCGAAAAGCUGUCUAUCCUUAAGGAGAAGGAUAAUGACAAUGCUCGACUUAUAGACCAGUUGGCGUCCAAAGAGGAAGCUUUUGCAUCUCUGCAAGAAGACUCAAUAAAGCAUGUAUUAGUCGCCGAAGCGUCUAAUAGAGAAAGCCUCGAAAAGGUUGAAAGACUCACAAAGGAGUGCGAGACAUUACGUGCAACUGUGAAAUCCAGGGAAGCCACUUUCCGAACCGAAAAGGAGUGCAUGGACGGUACCAUUUCCAUAUUAAUGAAAGACAAGCGAAACCUGGAGGAAAAAUUGUGCACGGUCACCGAGAUUAUGACUAAGCUUGAGCUUGAACUGUCGGCCUACCAAGCGUCUAAAGUGAACGGAGGCAACGUGUCUCUCGAAUCGAGUUCCUCCAAUGGGUCGCCUUCCUCUGCAUCGGCCUCUUCUGCAAUGAAAACCGUGGACCGCGUUGGUGUAGCUAGUGUGGCAAGGAAAUCGAUCAGCUUUGAGGUUAGGAAGAAUCGACGGAUGACGGCUUACGAUGAGCACCGGAAGCAGUCUUGCUGGAAUGACUUUCGGGAAUGCGAAACUAUGACGGACUCUGUUGAUGGUAAUUGCCAUUGUUCCGAGCAGAGCCUAAGCCAAGGACUGAAUCCGGGAUGUAAACCAACGUAGGUUGGAUACAACAGAGUUGAUGGAGAUAGCGAAAAUAAGUUUUCUGAGGAAACCAUUGAUUUCUUUUUUUUUUGUUAAACUUUAAUAAUUGCGGGCACCGCUUUAUUUUUCCACACAAUGCGAAUAAAGCCACUCUGCGAGCAGAAUAGGAGAACACAUAAUGGAUGGUGCCGAAAUUGAUGGCCUCUUGGAGGCCAAAUAAGUCAUGAUAGAUGUUAUUCAAGUAUUAAGUUAUUUUGUUAAGUGUUAUUUUGCACAGGCAAAGUUUAAUGCAUAUUCAGAGUUGGCCGUCUCCGUAUCAGUUUAGUUGUCGGUUUACCAGAGUUUUGAAAACAGAAGUGAUCUUAAAAUUUCAAAUUAUACAAGCUUAGGUUUUUGAAAUAAUUUUUGCUCGAGAUUAUUAUUAAAAUUUGGAAAAGAGUAUUAUUUUGAAGACCAAAAUGUGGUCUUCGAUAAAUAAGGUAUUCUAAGCAAUACGUUUAAUUAUUUAUUUUGUUUAUUAAAUAAACCUUCAUUUUCUGUUUAUUUUUUA